AGUGCCGGACAGUGCCCGGCCUUGACCGCGGCCUCGCUCCGCACAUUCUGGCCUGCCUGGCCCCUCCACUCCCGGGCAAGGAACGGGGCUGCACAGACACGAUGAUCGAUACCCUGGCGGGCGGCGAGGCUCGGGACCUGCUGCUCGAGCUCCCCGCAAUGCUGGAGCAGGAGCUGCGGACCCAGCCCCGGGCCGCCGGCCUCAGGCUGCUCGAGGCUGCCCACGACAACGGCCUGCGAAUGACCGCACGGCUGCGAGACUUCGAGGUGAAAGAUCUCCUCAGCUUAACUCAGUUCUUUGGCUUCCACACUGAGACGUUCUCACUAGCUGUGAAUUUCUUAGAUAGAUUCUUGUCAAAAAUGAAGGUACAGCCUAAACACGUGGGCUGUGUUGGACUCAGCUGCUUCUACUUGGCUGUGAAGGCAUCAGAAGAAGAGAGAAAUGUGCCCUUAGCCACUGACUUAAUUCGAAUAAGCCAGUAUAGAUUCACGGUUUCUGAUAUGAUGAGAAUGGAGAAAAUCAUACUGGAGAAAUUGUGUUGGAAAGUCAAAGCUAUAACGGCCUUCCAAUUUCUACAGCUCUAUCACGCAUUCAUUCAUGAGAAUUUAAGCUGUGAAAGGAGAAAAUACCUUAAUUUUGAUAGACUUGAGACCCAACUUAAGGCCUGUCACUGCAGACUCAUGUUCUCUAAAGCCAAGCCUUCUGUCUUGGCACUGUCUAUUAUAGCACUAGAGAUAGAAGAACAAAAACUGCUGGAGUUGACAGAGGCAUUGGAAUUUCUACAGUUACAUGCCAAGAUAAGCAACAGAGAAUUGACCUUCUGGAAGGAGCUAGUGUUAAAGUGCCUUAUGGAGUAUUCCUCAAGCAAGUGUUCCAAACCAAAUGUGCAGAAAUUAAAAUGGAUUGUGUCUGGACGUACAGCUCGGCAGCUUAAACAUAGCUACUACAAAAUAACACAUCUUCCUACCAUUCCAGAGACCAUCUCAUAAUAGGAGUACAAUAAAAUGAGAAGACCAUCCCAUGACCUUGUCAAUAGGCACACUAAUGUUUGAGAAACAGUCUGAACCGUGAUCUUAAUAAUGAAGAACUCAGCUCAUGGAAAGAAUAUGUAACAUCUCAGACUAAAGGUCCUUCCAGCAAA